UAUGCUAAACUUAUAUAUUGGUUUUUGUAGUUUUGUUUUCGUUUGAUGUGAAAUUUGAUGCCUUUCAAUUUCUUGGGUUGAGGUUUCAUUUACAGUUUGUUUGCACAAUAAUUGGGAUAUGUUAGUUGGAUAUUUUGAUUGGCAUAUUAUGUUUCUCGUGCAAAGCGUGAACUUUAUUGUAUGAGAAUUGGUCUGAUUGAUCAUUCCCUUAGCACAGAUUAGUGAGUUUGUGUAGUGGGUAUAUAUAAUUUAUUUGCGUAACGGAUUUAUUGAUUUACCGUUGGUGGUGGUGGUGUUGGUGAUUGGAGAUUUUGGAUUGUGUUCAGGCAAUAUGAAUCAGAAUAGGACCAAAAACCAGAGGAGCAGAGAAAUUAGGCAGAAAUUUGGGAAGGUGAUAAUGUGCUUCUCCGGGGAGCAGUUAGGAGCAGUAGAUGAAAUGGUCCCUUCAUUAGAAUCCCUUGCAAUCAAGGAUUAUUCAGAAAUUGCGUAUUCUUCUAAAGCUGGUGAGAUUGGAAAGAAGCUGGAUACUGGGAAUAUAGAAGAAGCCGAGUCAUCUCUGCGUGAGAGUGGUUGUUUGAACAAUGAGGAAGCAAGAGCAUUAUUAGGAAGAUAUGAAUAUCAAAAAGGAAACAUAGAAGCUGCUUUACACGUAUUUGAAGGAAUAGAUAUUGCUGCAGUGACUCCUAACAUAAAAGUCACCCUUGCUAAGAAAGGACAACGUCGUAAAAGACGUUCUCAGAGUUCUCCUGGGCCAUCUCUGUCUAUACAUGCUGUCAGCUUACUCUUGGAAGCAAUCUUUCUCAAAGCAAAAUCAUUGCAGGGUCUUGGGAGGUUUACAGAUGCUGCUCAAUCUUGCAAAGUUAUUCUCGACAUAGUUGAAUCUUCAUUACCAGAAGGCUUGCCUGAAAACUUUGGUGCUGACUGUAAAUUGCAGGAGACUCUAAACAAGGCUGUGGAGUUGCUUCCAGAAUUAUGGACGCUUGCUGAUUCUCCACAUGAAGCCAUUUUGUCAUACAGGCGGGCACUCCUCCAUCAUUGGAAUCUUGAUGCAGUAACCACAGCUAAAAUCCAAAAAGAAUUUGCCAUCUUUCUUCUGUACAGCGGAGGUGAAGCAAGCCCCCCAGAUCUCCGCUCCCAAAUGGACAGUUCAUUCAUUCCCAGAAACAAUAUAGAAGAGGCUAUACUUCUGUUAGUGAUACUAUUGAGAAAAGUUUCUCUCAAGAGAAUUGAGUGGGAUCCAUCAAUCCUGGAUCACCUUUCAUUUGCUCUAUCUGUGGCAGGGGAUUUGAAGGCUUUAGCUAAUCAAGUUGAAGAACUGCUUCCUGGAAUCAUCAAUCAGAAAGAUAGGUACCAUACUCUGGCUCUCUGUUAUUAUGGAGCAGGGGAGGACUCAGUUGCUGUGAAUCUACUUAGAAAGUUGUUGAAUGGAGCUGAGGAUCCAAAAUAUCUCCCUGCUUUAUUAAUGGCAUCAAAGAUUUGUGUGGAAUACCCGAAUCUUGCACAAGAAGGGAUAAGUUUUGCUCGCAGAGCCUCUGAAAGUUUGGACGGUGAAUGCAAUCAAUUAGAAAGUAUUGCCCAUUUUUUAUUGGGCAUCUCACUUUUGGCAUAUUCAAAAUCAGUUUCUGCUGAUUCAGACAGGGUCUCAAGGCAGUCGGAGGCAGUUCAGGCCCUGGAAAAGGCUGGGGGAGUGAGAGGAGUGACCGACUCCUUUAUUCUAUACCAUCUCAGCCUAGAAAAUGCUGACCAGAGGAAGUUAGAUGCUGCACUUUUUCAUGCAAAGCGCUUGCUGAAACUGGAAGGUGGCUCUAAUGUCAAUAGUUGGUUAUUAUUGGCCCGGAUAUUAUCAGCUCAGAAACGGUUCAUGGAUGCCGUAACUGUGAUUAAUGCUGCACUGGAUCAGUCAGGAAAAUGGGACCAGGGAGAACUGUUGCGGACUAAAGCUAAACUUCAACUUGCACAGGGUCAGUUAAAAAUUUCCAUAAACACCUAUACUCAGCUUCUUGCCAUUCUUCAAGUUCAGCGCAAAAGCUUUGAUUCAGAGAAGAAGCUUAUUAAGAGCAGCAAAACUCCCGCUAAGAGUCUGGAAUUGGAAGUAUGGCAUGAUCUUGCAUAUGUCUACAUAAGCCUGUCACGAUGGCUUGAUGCUGAGAUUUGUCUUUCUAAAUCCAAGGCCAUCUGUUCUUACUCUGCUUCUAGAUGUCAUGCCACAGGUGUUCUAUAUGAAGCAAAGGGCCUUUACAGAGAAGCUCUAAAAGCUUUUGGAGAUGCUUUGGAUAUUGAUCCCACCUUUGUUCCAAGCUUGAUCUCCACAGCUGUGGUUCUCAGGAAGCUUGGUAACCAACCACAUGCAGUUAUGCGAAGCUUUCUGAUGAAUGCAUUACGGCUGGACAGAAUGAAUCAUUCUGCAUGGUAUAAUCUUGGCUUAUUUUAUAAAGCCGAGGGCACUGCAUUGUCAUUACAAGAAGCUGCUGAAUGUUUUGAGGCUGCUGCUUUUCUUGAAGAGUCUGCACCAGUUGAACCCUUCAGAUGACCAGUUUCACAUAAAACAAUUAAUCUUGUAAUCCCUCAAAAUUCUCUCCUCUCUGAUUACCGUUUCUUAUAUGAAUCUUCAGUGUUGUGGUUUAAAGUCAAAAUUCAAUAAAACGAAAGUUCAGUUU